GGCUGAUGAGACAGACGGAAACAAGGCACACGUCAAGAGAGCGCUUGAGCGUAAACUGACUUAGACACAAAAUCAAAAAGACCCAAACUGGAUCUGAAAUGGACGCUGUGGUUAUCGUGCAGCAGCAGAUCUGAUCUGAUAGUCGUGAUCUUAUGAUCAGUAUAAGAAGAAAUUAGAAAAAACCACCAAAGAUGAACAUCUCUAACAACAUCAUGUGUGAAGGAAAGUUGACUGCAGAUUUCCAGUUCUAUCUCUUCCCCAUCACCUACGUCCUCGUGAUGGUCUUCGGUCUGCUGGGGAAUCUGGGUGCUCUUUACAUCUUCAUCUUCAAAACGGAGCAGAGGUCUCCAUCCAGCGUGUACAUCCUCAGCCUGGCGAUGGCCGACACCUGUUUCCUGUGCGUCCUCCCCUUCCGCAUUCACUACCACCUCAACGACAACCACUGGAUCUUCGGAGCGGUGACUUGUCGUCUGACCGGUACGCUUUUCUUCUGCAACGUCUACAUCAGCAUCGCUUUCAUGAGCUGCAUUUGCGUGGACCGUUACGUGGCUAUCAUCCAUCCCCACACCUACCUGCGUCUGCGCAACACGCGCUACGCUCUAGCCGUGUCCGCGUGCGUCUGGGUGGUUGGAGGAACGGUCAUUUUAACCUUCAUGUUCACGUCUCCGGAUAUGCACGACAUCGAGGAGAAGACGAGCUGCUUCGAGAACUUUUCAGAGAGCGAAUGGAAGACGAAUCUGGCUCCGUACAGCGCAUUCAGUCUGGUGUUCGGCGCUUUGCUUCCUACAAUCAUCAUUCUGGUGCUCUACCCGGUCGUGGCGCGUCGCAUCACGCGGAUCAAGACAAAAACAGCACGUAAUGCCCUGAGGAUCAUCUACACCAUCCUGGCCAUCACGGUCUUCUGCUUCUUACCUUACCACCUUGUGUACUUGCUUCACCUGCUUUGGAGAACUCAGGUCAUCCAUAACUGCUCGCUAGCCGAUGGGAUCUACAAAGCGAGGCGUGUUACCAUGGCGCUGGUCAGCAUGAACAGCCUGCUCGACCCUGUGCUGUAUUACUUCGCCACCAGCCACUGCAAGCUGACCUGCAAAUGGAAGCCGCUGAAGCCGAAGAAUAAAAGAGGCGUCUACGUCAUUUCAGAGAGCUUACAAGCUCAGUGAAGUUUGUUAAGUGUCAACAAAAAAAAGAAAUACGAAGGGACGUCGACGUGACUCAUGCAGAUAAAGGAAGAAUCUGACCAUCACACACACACACACACACACACACACCUGGUGGUUUGAGGUAAAAUUAACUGGAAAUCUUUGUACACAACACACUCCUGUAUAUAUUUAUAUAAAAAAAAAGUGAACAAAAAAUAAA